AUGCCCCAUAAAGCGAAAAACCUCUUCUCUCUGGCUCGAGGUAAGGUGCGAGCCUCAUGGAACCCCCGCAACCUGUACAACUUGUACAAGAAGACGGACUUUCUGCGGGAUGAAAAGACGCUUUUCCAGAAGAAGUGGGCCUCCAAGCGAGAGCUGCGAGCCUAUCAUGGAGAACACAUUCGAGAGGGUACCUUGACCACUCAGAUCCCCAAGAAGCUGCAGGGUGUGGUUCUGCCUCUGGGAGACGACGUGACCUCCGAAGGAAUCAUGGCUAACCGAUUCGACGAUCAGAUGCUGGAGUUUGAUGCCGAGGGCAACAAAAAGCUCAAGACGCCGUUUGCCAUGCAGACGUUUGUGCAUCUGGAGAAGCGACUGGACUUUGCCGUGUUCCGGUCCAUGUUUGCCGCAUCCAUUCGACAGGCCGGCCAGUUUAUUCGACAGGGCAAUGUGACUGUCAAUGGAGUCAAGAUCAAGCAUGCCUCCUACACCCUCAAGCCCGGAGAUCUCAUCUCAGUCAAGCCCGAGAAGGUCCUCUUUGCUGCCGGUAAGGCCAAGCCUUCCGUUGAGGAGGCUGUCAAGAUCGACAACCGACAGAUCAAAAAGUACAACCAGUACAUCAAAAAGUGCAACGAUGAUCCUGAGAAGAUGUGGAACGUGCGUCUCGACAAGAUCAAGAAGCGAGAGGCUGGAAAGCUGAUGGACCCCAAGACGCAGAUGCAGCUUCAGAAGGCCAACGAGGUGGCCUUCCAGGCCAUGCUGGCCCGUCUCCGAGAGCUGUGCUCCGCUGCCAUCUUCGAGGAUCUCAUCACUGGCCGAGACGAGUUUCUUAAGACCCAGACUGACGAUACCAAGGUUCUGGGUGAGAAGCUACUCAAGCUAAUUGACCAGCAGUUCCCUGCCAACGGUGCGGACCCGGUCGCUCCCACUGCUGAGGGUUUCCUAACCCCCGAGGCCGUCAUUGAGCUUCUCAACGAGCGAUCCACCAAGCUGGCCCAGGAGGCUGAGACAAAGGCUGAGGCCGCGGUAGAGGGCUCUGCUGAGCAAAAGAAGGCCGAGACCGUGCGCUCCAAUGCCAAUCAUCUUAUUGAGCAGCGAAACAAGAACAUGGCGGGCAUCGGCUCCAAGAAGCUGGAGUUUGCUAUCCAUCCCAAGGACAUCAACCACGUCUCGUCCAUCGAGAGCCCUCAUACGAAGAACAUUGUGUCCAGCUGUCUAAUUUCGCGAAAAGCCGAGUUUGCCGGAGUCGAGGAGCGAAAGGUGGUCUACGCCGCCCGAUGCCUCAUCCAGGAAAUGAAGACCAACGUGGCUGACUCUAUCCACGACAGCUACAAUGAGCAUCAGCAAAAGCUGCUGAAUCCCUCUGUCCAGGACACCGAGGUCAACCCCCGAUGGCUGCAGCUGCUAGGACCUCUGCGAGAGAAGAUUGAUGCUGCCGAAGCCGCUGAAAACGAGGCCGAGGUCGCCCAGGAGUUCCCCUGGCAGAAGAAGCAUCUGUACGGCCGACAGGAUAUCUCUAAGCCCUACUUUACACCCUGGAGAUUCCGACCCUUCAUUUCUCCUUCGGUUAUCUACCCCCACCACAUUGAGGUUGACUUCACUACCUGCUCCGCCGUCUACCUGCGAGACCCUGUUGCCCGACCCGGAAUGUCGGAGGUCAUUUCUCCCUUCCCUCUGAUCAACCACGAGUUUGCCAACUUAUACUACAUUAAGAAGUAG